GCCGCCGCCCGCAGCCGGCGGGCCCUCCGGCCGCGGAGUCCUGUGUAUGGAAAUUCACGUGAGUCAGUUCAGUCUAGAAGGGUAGUAAUUUCUCAUAAUAUGGAUAAAGCUCUGAAAGAAGUGUUUGACUACAGUUACAGAGAUUACGUGCUGUCCUGGUACGGGAACCUCAGCAAAGAUGAGGGGCAGCUCUACAACCUGCUCCUGGAGGACUUCUGGGAGAUUGCCAGACAGCUGCACCACAGGCUGAGCCAUGUGGACGUGGUGAAGGUUGUCUGCAACGACGUGGUGAGGACCUUGCUCACUCACUUCUGUGACCUGAAGGCUGCGAAUGCCAGACAAGAAGAACAGCCGAGGCCUUUUGUGCUGCAUGCAUGCUUAAGGAACUCGGCUGAAGAAGUAAGGUUCCUACAGACAUGUUCUCGGGUUCUGGUGUUUUGUCUUCUCCCCUCAAAGGAUGUCCAGUCACUCAGCUUACGUAUAAUGCUUGCAGAAAUCCUCACAACAAAAGUCUUGAAGCCAGUGGUGGCAUUCCUUAGCAAUCCUGAUUACAUCAACCAGAUGCUGCUUGCCCAGCUGGAGCGCCGAGAACACGUGAACGAACAUCACAAGAGAGCCUACACCUAUGCUCCUUCGUAUGAAGAGUUCAUCAAGCUCAUCAACAGCAACUCCGACGUGGAGUUCCUGAAGCAGCUAAGGUAUCAAAUUGUAGUGGAAAUAAUCCAGGCGACGACCAUCAGCAGCUUUCCGCAGCUGAAGAGGCAGAAGGGGAAAGAGACGGCCGCGAUGAAGGCGGACCUCCUGAGGGCCAGGAACAUGAAAAGGUACAUCAACCAGCUGACGGUGGCCAAGAAGCAGUGCGAGAAGAGGAUCAGGAUGCUGGGCGGCCCCGACUACGACCAGCAGGAGGACGGGGCCCUGGACGAGGGGGAGGGGCCGCAGAGCCAGAAGAUUCUUCAAUUUGAAGAUAUUUUGGCCAAUACUUUGUACCGAGAGCACUUCCGAAUGUACAUGGAAAGAAUGGACAAGAGAGCUCUGAUUGGCUUUUGGGAGUCUGUGGAAUAUUUAAAGAAUGCUAAUAAGAAUGAAAUCCCACAGUUAGUUGGUGAAAUUUACCAGAAUUUCUUUGUGGAGAGCAAAGAAAUAUCUGUGGAAAAAUCCCUUUACAAAGAGAUCCAGCAGUGUCUUGUAGGAAAUAGAGGUAUUGAAGUGUUCUUCAGAAUCCAGGGAGACGUGUAUGAGGCCCUAAAGGACAGGUAUUACCCUUCCUUUAUUGUCAGUGACCUGUAUGAGAAAAUGACGACAAAAGAGGAAGAAACACAUGCCUUGCAGUUGACUUCCAACAAGGAUGAAGUGAGCCUGGGCGAUGAGGCUGGCGAGGAAGCUGUGGAUGAAGGCACCAGUCACAUUCAUGAGCAAGCCAGUUUCGCUGUAAACAAACUGCGAGAACUAAACGAGAAACUUGAAUAUAAAAGGCAAGCUCUAAAUUCUAUUCAAAAUGCACCAAAACCUGACAAGAAGAUUGUUUCCAAGUUGAAGGAGGAAAUAAUUCUGACAGAGAAAGAACGCACAGACCUUCAGCUGCACCUGGCAAGGACAGACUGGUGGUGUGAGAACCUCGGGAUGUGGAAAGCUUCCAUCACCAGUGGAGAGGUCACAGAAGAGAACGGGGAGCAGAUGCCCUGUUACUUUGUCAUGGUGAGCUUACAGGACGUGGGAGGAGUUGAAACCAAGAACUGGACCGUCCCAAGAAGGCUUAGCGAGUUCCAGAAUUUACACCGGAAACUCAGUGAGUGCUUCCCUUCUUUAAAAAAAGUCCAGCUGCCUUCCCUCAGCAAGCUGCCUUUCAAGUCCAUCGAUCAAAAGUUUAUGGAGAAGUCCAAGAAGCAGUUGAACAAGUUUCUCCAGAAUCUGCUCUCGGAUGAGAGGCUGUACCAGAGCGAAGCACUUUAUGCCUUCUUGAGCCCUUCUCCCGACUACCUCAAGGCUAUUGACGUGCAGGGGAAAAAGUCCACCUUUUCAUUGUCCUCCUUUCUGGAAAGACUUCCCCGCGACUUCUUCUCCCACCAGGAGGAGGAGGCGGAGGAGGACAGUGACCUGUCAGAUUACGGCGACGACGUGGACGGGAGGAAAGACUCCUUGGCCGAACCGUGCUUCAUGUUGAUUGGGGAGAUUUUUGAGCUUCGAGGAAAAAAUACUCCUAAGGGCCAACCAGGUACUAUGGCUGGACCUGAGGUUGCAGCCUUCAGACAGAUGGCUAGUGUUCUCCUGGCACUCAGGGCCUGACUUACCUGCACCAUGUCCCUCUGAGCUCAGAAAGAGAAUGCCUUGAAUUUCUUUUCGUGUCACUUAGCACAGUCUCACUGCUUCAUCACCUAAGGGUAAGCAGAAAUACCAUUUCGUAGCAGAGGAGCAGCCUGUUGUUGAAGAUGAGGUUUGGGUGUUGCCGAGAUGGUGUUAUGACCAGGGACACAGGACAGCCUCCAUCCUGCUUCACCCUCAACCACCUUUCUUUCCCUGGAGGAGUGGCAAUCACUGGAGGGCUGGGGGAGUGCUGUCCGCAGGGCACACGUGGCAUGUCUGGGAACCUUUUUGGUUGGGGUGAUGCCACAGGCAGCCAGUGGGUGGAAGCCAGGGUCCCGCUAAACUUCCUGCGAUGCCCAGGCGAGCCCCUCCCCACAGACUUACCUGCCCCCAGGGCCAGGCAUGCUGACUGAGAAUGCCUACCUUGGUAGCUCUCAGGGGACAUGAACUUAGAAGAAACAAGAGCAAAAUAGGAUCAAAAUACUAUUUUGCUAAGACCCACCCAAGGGCCUCUCUCCUAAAGCAGUAGUUGGGUGAAAAGUCAAACUGUACUACUUGGUUUAGUCUUGAGUCCUAAACAGGACUCUCUGUCUCCUCCCCCCUCCAUCCCCCACACACACCUUCCACUACCCCCCCCGCCCCCCCCCCCGACACACACACCUUCAGUGCCCCCACACUCUCUAAUGAGACGUGCACUCAGUCACACUGGGGGCCUCAGUGCCAGCUGGGAUGUGAUGGUGCCUGAAGGCCCACCCAGAAGAGGAAGCACAGAGAGAGCAGGGUUGUUGGCAAGGCAUUCUGAUGGCACCAGCCAGUCAAGUGGUAACCCCUGGCUAUCCUGGGCUCUCCACCUAGAAUAGCAUCUUUCCCUUGGGGCAAAGGAGGUGAGCUGGGAGUGGGUCUUAUCCCGGAAGUGGGGCUAUGUGUCCCUUCUGAAUUAUAUAUCCCCUAAUGUCACCUACAGAAUUAUUAGCAGAUGAAAAGACUCCAAGUGGUCUUAUAAACUUAGGUGUGUCUGUGACUUUUAUUCCUCAGUGACUGCUACCAUGUCUGACCCAUAGUAGGUGGUCAGUAACAUGCCUGAUGGAUGCACUGACGGAUGAAUAGGCGAGAACAUUUUAAGCGCUGGAAUUAAUAGAUUUGAUCAUUGAACUUUUUCUUCGCCUAAGCCCAAACUUAAACAAUCAGCAAAUACUUGGGAGCAUAUUUUAGAUGCUCUGCAGGGGACACAAAACUAUGUCAGAUACAGAUUCUUCCUUCAGUGCAUUUACAAGAUAAGGGUUCCAAAAAUGGAACUCACAUUAAGCAUCAGACACAAUUCAAUUCAAAACUGCAGGCAGAGGUUUAUAUGUAAGGAUGUUCAUUUUCAGCAAAAUCUCAAUAUUGAAAAGUUGGAACUAAGCAAAAUGUCAGAAGCGGGGGUUACAUUUGGGUGAUGGAAUAUCACCCAAAUAGUGAAGAUCCUUUCAGAUGAAAGAGCUACAGCUGUUGCAUACUGCAGACACUGUCAGAUAUUUACUGCCAUUUCCCUGGGUUCGGGGAGGUCAGAAACACUAGCCUUCCACCCAGAAUCUCCCCCGCUUCCUCAUGAAGUGGUGAGGCCUGGUUCCCAGUCUUCGCCUCUGCAAGCAGAGAUCCCGCUGCGGUGGGUCUGCCAGGCCAGUCAGGGCAGGAGCAGGUCCUCCAUCUGGUGCCUGCUCAGAUGCAUAUUUGGCUUUUCUGGCGACAUUUCCGAGGGGGGGAAAUAGAACAUCAUUUAUAAUGAGAUGCUCUAUUUUUGCCGUCAGCAAAAUCCUAGUGUUGCUGCAGCUGCCUCCGUGGCUUUGAGCAAAGGCGCUCUUGGAAGGAGUCAUUGUUUUGUACAUUCCUGGGGGUGGGGAGGACAGGAAAAGGAGUAGAGUAAGCAGGUAUCAGUGAUAGGAGGGAAUUUGCAGCAAGGCCACUUUUGGUUCCUGCUCUGGUUGAGUGUGCAACAAGGAACCAGUAAUAAUACAGUCUUUGUACACAUAUAAGCAGUCAGUCGGCUGACAGGCCUGUUUCUCGAGAUGCACAUGUCCUCAGACCCUGGUAGGAUUCACCUCCCUCCUGCCCUGGACAGGCCGGUGAGUUACCGUCCCUGCCAGCCAAGCGCCCAGCCUGAGUGCCAGCCUCAGGCAACAGGGCCUACCAGCGGGCAGCGUGCCCCGUGUGCCAUCGGGAACGUAAGGUGCUUUUACAGGCAUGGUCUCCACUCCAGGACUUGAAUCUUACUGGAAGGAUUAACAACACUUCUUUAACUGGUCAUUUGUAUCCAUUUAAAAUCUUAGAAAUGACCUUAGACUGUUCUGAAGUCUAGAACCAGGCCUGUGUGCAUUGCUCACAUGUGUUUGUGGCUUCCGUGUGCAGAGGGUGUGUGCACAGGAGCCCUGAGCUCUCGGCUCCAUCAUAGUGAAGUCUGAGUGUCUCAUUUGCUCCUGUGUCUGUAGCUACAUGCUUCAAUGAAUGGAGGUGACUAUAUACAUGGCACAUUGGUUUAGUUUCCAAUGUGCAGACCUAAAGUAUCCUCACAGCAUUACUUUGCCUUCUUUUUGUUUAUGUUUAUAUUCUGUACCUACAGAAUAAUAAACUUUUAGAUUUAUAGAACCCUUCACAACACUCACACAAAAUACUGACAAGACCUCAGCGCAAAAAAACCUCACAUGUUAAUACUGUCCUUUCCUGAUGGGAACAGGCUCAGAGGAAGUAGCUUUUGCCCAGCUGCUCCAGGCAGCAGGAGAGGACCAAAUUCACGGCUCAGGAUCCUGCUGUUCGCCCAGCGGCAUUAAAUAUACAAAAGUGCAUGAUGCUCUGCAAACUGCUGCUCAAAUGGGAGCAGUUAGCCCAUCUGUUCAUUAAUAUUUCACAAUAUUUGUGGACAUUUGACUGCACAUGUUUCUCAUUCAGAGAAGUGUUAGAAAAUUGGGCAACAAGCCAGACAGAAAUCUGUCUGCUGGUGGCAAACAGACGUUGUCAGGAGCCAGGGAAAUAAGUGUUAUUUCCACUGGUUAGCUCAGCUGUUGUUUGGGCAUUGAAAAGCUGUAAAAACUCCUAGGUUUCAUCUUACUGGUUGCUAAGCAGAAGAUGCAAGCUUAGUAAGAAUGUUCCUGGGCAGAAGUUUGCUAACCUAGACCCGCAUCCUGCAGCUACCAGGGCCUGGCGUGGUGUCAAGCCCGCAGUUGAAUUCGCUGAUGUGUGUGUGCUUUGUGAGCUAUGAAAAUGUCAUCACUGUGCCCUCCUGUGACAAUACUUUUCCUCUGACUUACAUUUUAGUGUUUAAAUGGGUGAGAAGAACAUUAAUUGCUCUCGUUCAGGUCACUUUUGGAAGAACCAUCAACAA